AUGCAGUCCCAACAAAAAAUUGAAGUUUGUCUUGAGGUUGCCUUCGGUGUUUCUGAUUCGUGUCCUUUGUGGUCUGCUCGACAUCUUAAUUCCUUCAUAGGACAAGCCAUACGCGAGCACGCUGUGGCGUACCAUGAAUUUUACCAAGCCGAGGAAGUUGGCAUAGCCAAUCUCCCACCUUUCUCCACCUACGACGAGCAUCCAGAGGUCGUUCAACAUCAGGCAGAUGCCACUUCCCCGUUUGUGGGGUCUCCUGCCAAUUAUUCAUACACUCAUACUGAAGCCGAGCAGCAGCAUCCGGCUGAUCCAAAUUCUUUUUUUCGGAUGGACCAAUCGGGCUCCAAUGGAGCUGAAGGCGGCCAGCCGCCCCAGCUCGCAGAGACAAAUAUCUGCCCUGGAGUCCAGCAAUCGGCAGCAGAAGAAGUGAUGACGACAGCGCCACAGGCGGCCCCGACGGCUGACGAUCCCCUGUCAUUUCUCGACCGGGUUUCUGGUAUCUGCCGGUUCAAAGGCUGCGGUAAAGGUUUUGAUACCCGCCGCCAGGACAACCUUACCAGACAUGGUCGGACACACCUAGCGGAAAACCUACGGCCACCUAAAAUUCCUUGCCCACAUGAAAACUGCAACAAAUAUUUUGUCAACAAACAAGGCGUGUCGAGACAUUGUGAUGAAAUUCAUGGAAGCCCUUCCACACGCAAUCCCGACGAACCCAAAGGACAAUCGAGGAGCUCCAGGACCAAUCGUGUGGCAGUGGUUGGGCCAAGGGUUCUGUGUCCGGUAGCUGGGUGCAGGAAGGACUACCAGUCUAGAAACGCAUACUAUUACCGGCACCUAGAAGAAAAGCAUCCGGAAUAUGUUCUACCUGAAGAUUGA